UAAAGAACGAAAAAGUAGUAGAGGAAAAUUUAAAAAGAAAAUUGAACUAAUUAAAUUUACGAUGGAAGGAUCGAGUUUCUAUUUGAAUUUCAUUUCUAAUUUAACCACGUUUCGAUGCCGAUAUUGCUAAGGUAUAGUAGCUACGUUCACGGUGAUACUUCUUAAAAGACGCAUGCGUACUUAGAACUUUAAAAAAGGCCUGAGUUUCACCUCUAUAAGAAUGUAUAAGAAUUUCCUUGAUACGAUCACGUGUCGUCCGCAUGUAACAUGGACGUAUUUUUUAACAGUUGGUCACAGAAGCAUUCAGCCACCCUAAGUAUUAAGCAAAUCUCAAGCAAAAUUACAAGUCGAGAAGGUAAAGUUUAGUUUGGUACCUAUUCUAAACAAGUUCUUAUUAAGAUACUUUACAAUAAAGUGUAACGAUUUGUAAACGAACACGAGGUUGUGACUCACGUGAGUAUCGAGUUGCCUAUUGCUAGGGGGCAACUAAAUUAAAAAUAUCAAGAGGAAUAUAGUAGGUAAACACGGUUUAAUUCCAACUUAGUUUAUUCUUAUCGAGUAUUUAUUAUUACCAAAUAUAUCUACAGGCCUCUUGUUUAAAUCAUACGACGUAAAAUAAAAACAUAAACAGCCCUUUAUUCGAUACCAGACAAAUAUAAAUUGCUAAAUGAAUUAUAGAAAUAAAUAUUUCAUAACGAAUAGAUAAAUCUUUGUUUGAUCAACCGAAUAGAGUUGAGUUCUCUUCGCCAUACGAAUUUCAUGGGAGGUAUCGCGAUUGCGUGUGAAAAUGAUGAAAUCGUGCGUCAUACGAGUUCACGUAAAACCAAGUAACGCGAACUACUCAGAACUACUUAAUAAGCGUAAGAAUUUUAUUUUAAUUGCUCGUUGAGAGCCAUUGGCAGCACCAGUCUUCGAGGCGUUAUCUAGUAAAGCUUGCGUCAGACCCGGUUAGAUGUUGCAAGGAUUUUUUCUCGUAACCUAUCAAGAAUCGAUUGCUGUUCGCAGCGAUCGAGCGAUAAUUCGAGUAAAUCUAGAAUAGACGCAGGGGAUCAAUUACUUUUAAUCACUCUUGGAGUUGGUUAAAGAGGCUUGUUUCAAUGCCCGGAUUAUCACAGAUCAGUGUCAGCUUAAUCGUAUCAUAAUAAACAUCGAGUAAGAUCGAAGAAAAAUUCAAACAGAGAUCUAGAAAAAUGGUGGCUAUAAAUAGAAACGGAAACAAGAAACGAAGCAUGCACUUUCCCAUCUCGAAUUGGGCCGUUGAUGCCCGAUGACGAAAUCUAGGAAAUGAAGAAGCGAUAAAGAUUUAAAUUAGUUUCCGAGAUCGAGCGGCAAAGCCUGGCCAUUGGCGGACGGAGGACCGAUAGCGCCAUCUAUGUGCAUCUUCUAAAUUUAAUUAAACACGGAGUGGGGUGGCGAGAAGCACCCGUGUCCGUUGGUGGGGGGUUCGUACAGAAGGCACACGUAAAGGUCACCUUCAGACCGAAGGUUUCGGUUCAGUUAGGCACAGUCAGGCACAAGACGUGGAAGCGGUAUCUGACACUUGCUCAGAUAACCGCGAGUUCUUGAUUGAAUUUAAUAUCGAGAGGAUCGUCCACGCUCCAAUUCGCCGUCGCAACAGGAUAUAUUUUCGUUAGGUGCAUAAGGAGUACGGUCUCAAGAUGGAGGAAGAUCUAGGAGCACAGAGAUUUAUAAAGCCUGGUAGUCAUAAAGGCAAAGGGCUUGCAGUCUUUACUAGUGGAGGAGAUUCUCAAGGAAUGAAUGCCGCUGUCCGAGCAGUUGUUAGAAUGGGUAUUUACUUAGGAUGCAAAGUUUUCUUCAUUAAAGAGGGCUACCAGGGUAUGGUCGAUGGCGGAAAUAAUAUUGUAGAGGCAACGUGGUCCUCUGUAUCUUGCAUCAUUCAUAGGGGUGGCACGGUAAUAGGUUCUGCUCGAUGCCUAGAGUUCAGAGAACGCGCUGGUCGUAGGAAAGCAGCUAAAAAUUUAGUAACUCGUGGAAUAACAAAUUUAGUCGUAAUCGGUGGCGACGGUUCCCUUACCGGCGCCAAUCUUUUCAAAGAAGAAUGGGCUGACUUGUUAAAGGAAUUAGCACAGGCUGGUGAAAUAACUAUGGAGCAAGCGGAUAAAUUUGCUCAUUUGCAUAUUGUCGGAAUGGUGGGAUCGAUUGACAAUGAUUUUUGCGGAACCGACAUGACCAUUGGUACCGAUUCUGCGUUGCACCGUAUUAUCGAAAGCAUCGAUGCAAUCGUUAGUACCGCGUAUUCUCAUCAAAGAACAUUUAUUAUGGAAGUUAUGGGUCGUCAUUGCGGUUACCUGGCUCUAGUGGCAGCCAUAUGUUGCGAAGCUGAUUUUGUGUUCAUCCCAGAGUGGCCACCUGAACAGGAUUGGCCAAGCAAGCUGUGCAAAAAAUUGCUGCAGGAACGUCUUACUGGACAGCGGCUUAAUAUUAUUAUCGUAGCGGAGGGAGCCGUAGACAGGAAUGGCGAACCAAUCACUGCCGAAAAAGUUCAUAAAGUCGUUGUCGAUAAACUGCAGCAAGACACCAGAAUUACCGUUCUUGGUCACGUUCAACGAGGUGGUAAUCCAUCUGCUUUCGACAGAGUUCUGGGGUGCCGAAUGGGUGCAGAAGCCGUGAUGGCUUUGAUGGAAGCGACACCGGAAACUGAAGCUUGCGUCGUUACAUUGGACGGAAAUCAAGCUGUCAGGUUACCGCUCAUGGAGUGUGUCCGUCGUACGAAAGCAGUGGCACAAGCUAUGUCCGAUAAAAAUUGGGAACUCGCCGUUCAACUUCGUGGAAAAGGAUUCGCUCGAAAUCUGGAGACGUAUAAAAUGUUGACUCGUCUAAAAGCACCUGUAGAUCACGAUCCGCACAAGGAAAGUAAUGGCCCUACAUUAACAAAGCAAUUCACUCUAUGUGGACAAGAUCACUAUACAUUGGGUGUAAUGCACAUAGGAUCGCCUUCAUGUGGUAUGAAUGCAGCGGUGCGCUCCUUCGUUAGAAAUUGUAUCUAUCGCGGUGACAAGGUAUACGGGAUUUGCGAUGGAAUAUUAGGGCUCAUGGCUGGGAAGUUCAAAUUAAUGGAUUGGCCGUCUGUUACCGGGUGGGUAGCUCAAGGUGGUGCUUAUUUGGGAACGAAACGUACACCACCUAAAGAUGAGCAGCUACCAGCGAUUGCUCAGAAGCUCAAGGAGUUUGGAAUUCAAGCUUUGCUUAUCAUAGGAGGAUUCGAGGGCUACCAAACGGGUCUUACCUUCUACAAUGCCAGAGACAAAUUCGACGAAUUUAAAAUUCCCAUUGCCAUGAUUCCAGCGACUAUCAGCAACAAUGUUCCGGGAACGGAAUUUUCGUUAGGCUGUGACACCGCUUUGAACGAAAUUACGGAGAUCUGUGAUCGAAUCCGUCAGUCGGCGCAGGGUACGAAACGUCGAGUAUUUAUUAUCGAAACUAUGGGUGGAUACUGCGGUUAUUUAGCUACAGUAGCCGGAUUAGCCGGCGGAGCCGACGCGGCGUAUAUUUUCGAAGAGAAGUUCAAUAUCAAAGAUUUGAAUCAGGAUGUAAUCGCGAUGGCGGCUAAGAUGUCCGAAGGUGUACAAAGAGGUCUCAUUCUAAGAAACGAAAACGCUAAUUUGAAUUACAAUACAGAUUUUAUGCAGAGACUCUUCAGCGAAGAAGGGAAGGGUCUGUUCAGUUGUAGGAUGAACAUUAUCGGUCAUAUGCAACAAGGUGGUUCGCCAACUCCGUUCGACCGUAACUUGGGUACAAAAAUGGGUUCUAAAGCGGUCGAAUGGUUCACCGAACAGUUAAAGAAAUGUACUGACGCGGACGGUAAAACGGUAACUUCGGAACCCAACACUGCAGUUAUGAUCGGUAUAGUGCGAAGACAGUAUAGAUUUACACCCUUCGUAGAACUUAUUGACGUCACUAAUUUUGAGCAUCGCAUUCCAACGUACCAGUGGUGGAUGAAACUCCGACCAUUACUCAAAGUUUUAGCAAAACACGAGUCCACGUACGAGGAAGAGGGACUUUACAUAACCGUCGAAGAAAUGGAUCUCGACAAUGAUCCGCCUCUCGUUUAAACUACAAAUCGCAUAUCACGGUAUGUGGUGUGACGUAAUAUUCCGUAAACUGUACAUUGUUUAUUGGUGAAAAAGUAGAUUUCAUUGAAGAGUAUUACAGUAUUGUAUGGCAUUAUGAUAAUCCUGUUCCGUUGUUAUUUACAAGUCGAGAGAUCAAAUUUUAAACUUAAAUUUGCGGAAUCUAAUGUUCCGCAGGAUUUAAUGUAAGUUAAGUAUUUUAUCGACAGUUGCAAAAUCGCAAUGUGUACGCGCACCCUCCCGUCUGUAUGUUUAAUUAUUUAUUAACAAAACGCGCGCCGAGAACUUUAAAUGUGAAUAAUCUAAAUAAAUAGCAAAUUAUUGCACAUCAUUGCCAUAAUCAAAGAUACGAAUUAAUGUUUUGUUUCGAACAUAUCGAGGUUUGCGGAUGUGUGUGCGUGUAUGUUGAAUCGUGGUUGAAACUCAGGUGAGAAGUAGGUACAAAGACAGUACCUGAAAUGCGGAGGUAAGCUAUACCUUCAUAGUUUAAGAAAAUAAAAACGAGUUAGGAAAUCUAGACGUGGCAUUUUUCAUUGAUAAUGAUGAAAGAUUAUAUUGUUGUAACGGACAGUGUUAAAUAUUUAUUGUCAUUGAUCAUGUCUCGAAAUUAAGGGAAAUGAAGUUAUAAAAUUAAUAUAGUACAUAAUCUUCAAAUGGUACAAUACAAUUAAAAAGAAAGAAAAAAGAAAAAAAUAGUCACAAAACGUAACCACAGUUGAAUGUGACGAUAAAGAUAAAGACAACUGAUGACGACAACUGAUUCCAGUUUUAAUGUGUACCGAAUAUUAACGAUUACUCUUAACAUCACUCGACAUCACGUUUGUUACACUCAUCUACAUAGAAUGUUGACAUCGGUCAGAGUAAUUUCAUGUUGCAAUCGUGCGAAUGACAUUUGUUCACAUAACUUUGACAGAGUUGGAUUAGGAUAACAAAUGCUUUUAGAACGCAUCGUGCUACUCGUCGUUAAACUUUCAGUUGCAUCCAUGAAUCAAGCGAGUCGAAUUAACAGGUUUCAUGGGGCGCGAAUUCACGCUACAUAAAAUUAAACUUAACGUGGCAUUUUUCCUUUGAUGAGAACUUUUACCCUUUGGUUUAGCUUUACCGAUAGCUAUGAAAAGCUAUUUGAAGAAUAUACUUGUCUACCUCAAAACAUAAUUUGCAACGUCGGUCGACACUUAAGGCAAACCAAAAACCUGAGUCGUACUGGUUGCGUGUAACGUUAAAAGAUGUUGCUAAGGUUUAAGGCUUGUGACCACAAGAGUAUUUAGAUUUAAUUCGUGUUAUUAUUGUACUCGUGUAUUUCACAUAUAUAUUUAUCUCGGCGAUGUCCGUACGAAUAUUAAAACUUCGUAAUUGUUUCCUGAGUGUAUUAUAGAUUUUACAAUUUCUAAAGAAAUUCUAGAACCAAGCUCACGACGUUUAUAGUACUAACGUGACCUUUUACGAAUUCAUUCGUGUUCGUGAACUUACCUAAUAUCAUCGAUAAGAGAUAAUUGUUGAUAGAAAUUUGCCGAUUUUAAAACACACGGAAACAUUUUCUAACGACUAACAAUGGAUGUAUACGUUUCGUGUACAAUUGAGCCGAGUGUCGAUUAACAAUAAACACGCGAGAACUUGUAUUACGAAAGUUCCAUAACUAAUGAUAGUCGAUAAAAAUGUUUAUUUAAAGCGAGAAGUCAACUUUUUCCAGGUACAUUCGAGACCAUUGCACUUAAAAUAUAGUAAUAUAUAACUUGUCAUUGAAUCCAAAACUAGGUUAACGAAAAAAAGAAAAUGUACACGUAUUUAAAGACAGAUUGCGCAAAUUGCUUGUUUAAAGUUGUUGCUACAGAUGCGAAUGUUUAGAAAAAUAUAAAGACAGUAGAUGUUGAGAAACGUAUACAUAAGCGAAGGCUAUUGUAAUGAAAUCUUUAAGCAUUCGCGAAAAUAUCAUCGAAGGAACUAUAAAACUUCCGAAGGUCAUCUUUCCGCAUCGUCGACUGUGAAAACAGAAACUUAUUCUGGCCUAAUUACGCAAUGACGAUGAAUGAAACUUGAAUUGUACUUAAACCGAAUCUGUUAAAGUGGAGGUCGAUGGUGAACUCGCAGACCAUCUGAUUAAAUCUCUACUUGAAAAAUUGAACGAAAUCGUAAUACGAAACGUAGGUAAAAAUAACGAUGUUGAAAUAAAGAGUGACUGUUACGUGUGUCAUUCGUUAACUAAUAAAUAAUAAAGCUAGAGUAUAUACAAUGUAUUUUGCGCACCUCCGCGUGUAAAUUUGAACUUUUGUCGUAUGUCAUGUUCACCUAAACAUCGAGUGCUCCAUCACUUAAUCACGUUGAUGCAAUGAGCAACAUUGUACAAAACUACACAGGCGUUAAUAUCAUAUACCUUUAACGGUUAAACCAAUAGCGUAAUAAAGAUAUAAAAGUUGAAAGAAUAUAUAUUAUUUUUGCGAUUACAGAUGUAUAUUUUCGAAUCAUUGUUGAUCAAUGAAUUUACAGUUUAUCUCUGGCAGAAUAAGUAGCAUACAGAAAUUAUUUUCUCCCGACAUCGAAUUGUUGAAUAUGUAUAUUUUCACUUUACUGUCGCGUAUUAUAUUAUAUUUACUCGUCGAUAGUUCAACAUUUCACGGAAUUAAUAGUGACGAUUGCACAAUUUUAGAAACAAAUGCAUAAAUGCGUAUUAGUAUAUCGUGAUCACUAAAAAAUGUACCUAACACUCUCAAUAAAGUGUAUCUUAUAAAACGUU